AUGAAUGCAUUUUUUGAUGGGUUCAUAAAUUCCAGCACUUCAUUGCAACAGUUCGUCGUCCAAUAUGACAACGCACUUAGGCAAAAAGCAGAGAAGGAAUUUGAGGCUGACUUCGCAUCUGUUAACACCACAAUUCCGUGUGGGUCGCAAUCCCUAAUUGAGAGGCAAUUUCAGUUGCACUAUACCCAUGCUAAAUUUGGUGAGAUCCAGAAUGAAUUUAGAGCGAAGAUGAAUUGCUUUGUUAUGAAUGUUGUCAAAGAUGGAAGCAUUUGGAAUUAUAAUGUUAAGGAAAACUUCUUAUGGAAUGGCAAGAGGGCCAACAAAUUUCAUGACGUGUUGUUUGACUCCAUCACAACAACAACCAAAUGUAGUUGUCUACUAUUUGAGUUUCGUGGUAUCUUAUGUCGACACUGUUUCUUGGUCCUUGGGCAGGAAGACAUUGAUUGUGUCCCUGAACAUUACGUGCUAAGGAGGUGGUCCAAAAAUGUUAGAAGACGAUACACUUUGAUGAAAGCAGCGUACAACCAAAGUUCGGAUGAUCCACAAAUGCAAAGAUUCCAGUCAUUACGGAAGAGAUUUAAUGACAUCGGUGAGGUCGCAUGUGAAACAGAAAGUGCUGCCCAAUCGGUGUUUGAUCAGUUUAACACAAUUGCAACUACAUUAGGGUUACCAAAUGAACCCAAUCCCUUCAGAUGUGGGGACGACCAUCCAAGUGCUUGUCAUGAGGAUCACAGCUUACCCGACCAUGUAAUGUCUUCUGCACAUCACAGCAAUAUUGUUCGAAGUCCCAUUCACGUAAAAAGGAAAGGUAGACCACGGACAAAUAGGUUGAAAUCAACUGUGGAAAAGAUAACAAAAAGGAAGAAAACAGCUGCGGCAAGAAACAAAGCAUCUCGCAAUUUAAUGGUUUGUAUCUUGCAGUAUUGUGUGUUCCUUUAUUGA